UUACUUUACAUAACAUCUUUUUGAUAGCAGCGGACUGAUCAAUAUCUUUUUGCAUUAUUUGAUCUGCAUUUUCUUUAUCCAUUUUACAAAUAAGGCUUCUUCUUAUUCUAAUUUUUGUUCUUUUACAAAAAAGCAAAGAUGAGGAGACUUUCUAUUCAGUUGGGAGUUGUAGUUGUUGUGUUCCUGUUGGUGUUAGGAUUAGUUGAAUGUCGAAAAAUAAAGCAACGUGAAUUAACUGUACUUGUAGGACUUGGAGGUGCUAGAGGUGGCGGUGAAGGUGGUGGAAGUGCUGGAGGAGGAUAUAACCUUGGAGGGGGAUAUAAGAUUGGCGGAGGAUAUCAACUUGGAGGAGGAUUUGGCGGUGGAGGAGGCGUAGGCGGUGGUGCAGGAGGAAGCGCAGGCGGUAGCGCAGGAGGAAGCGCGGGCGGUAGUGCCGGAGGAAGCGCAGGCGGCAGUGGCGGAGGAAGCGCAAGUGGUGGUGCCGUAGGAAGCACAGGCGCAAGUGGUAGUGGCGGAGGAAGCGUAAGCGGUGGCGCGGGAGGAAGUGCAGGCGGUAGCACCGGAGGAAGUGCAAGCGGUGGUGCCGGAGGAAGCGCGAGCGGCGGUGCUGGAGGUGGCAGUGGCGCCGGAGGAAGCGCGAGCGGUGGAGGAAGUGCAAGCGGUGGUGGCGGAGGAAGUGCAAGCGGCAGUGGCGGAGGAAGCGCAAGUGGUGGUGCCAUAGGAAGCACAGGCGGUGGUGCUGGAGGCAGCAGUGGCACAGGAGGAAGUGCAAGCGGCAGUGGCGGAGGAAGCGUAAGCGGUAGUGUUGGAGGUAGUAGCAGUGGAGGAGGAAGCGCAAGCGGUGGCGCCGGAGGAAGUGCAGGCGGUAGCGCCGGAGGAAGUGCAAACAGUGGCGCCGGAGGAAGUGCAGGCGGUAGCGCCGGAGGAAGUGCAGGCGGUAGCGCCGGAGGAAGUGCAAACGGUGGCGCCGGAGGAAGUGCAGGCGGUAGCGCCGGAGGAAGUGCAGGCGGUAGCGCUAGAGGAAGUGCAGGCGGUGGUGCUAAUGCGGGAUUUGGUAGUGGAGGGAGUAUAGGUUGGGGCUUCAAAGGAGGAUUUGGUGGAGGAAUUGGAGGAGGAAGUGGCGCAGGUGGUGGCUUUGGAGGAGGGGAAGAUAUUGGUGGCGGUGCUGGCGGAGGAUUAGGCGGGAGGCAUUGAUUUCAAAAGCUAGUGAUCCUUCAACACCCUGCUAGCUAGUUUAUAAGGCGAUAGUAAAAUUUUCAACUAGCUAGUGCGCGAGGUGGUAGCAAGAUUUAUAUAUGUCCUAAAUAAUGAAGAUCAUAGCCACUAGAAUAAGUUAAAGCAAUGUUUAAUGUAUUGCUACAAUUCCAUAUCAAUGUAUGACAGUUAGUUAUGAGUAAUAAUCGUUAAUUACACUGUGAA